UAUACCUAUGAUUAAUAAACUAAUAAAGUUACAAAGUAACUAUUUAAGACAUUUAAGAAAUUCAAUGACUAGUUUUAUAUUUCUCAAAGGAAUUUCAGCCUGUUACUAGAACAACAUAAAAGAUUGUUCUUCAAAGAUACCAAGUUUAGAACACUGAGUUCUAAUGCUGAGGAAAAAACUGGCUAUGAUACAAGGACUGCUUACACAGGAACUGUGAAAGGUGACCUUAAGUCCUUCGCAAUGGGACACAUAUUAGAGGGAAAAUUUGACGGAAGUUUCUUUGCAUUUGGUGAAUCGUUUCACCUAGAGCCUGCCGAGCGAUACUUUCACUUCAAGACGCCUUUCCAUUCAAUAAUUUUUCCUGCUUCAAGUGUUCGAUUUAAUUCCUCAGGAAUUCAAAGGAAAAUGGCUCGUGUUAAAGAUCUACAACCUGUGGUGGCUCAGGCUACCAGUAAACGAAUACGCCGCGACAACCUCAGCAACUCCAGCCUCAACACAUGCACUUUACAUAUUGCUGCUGACCACUCAUUUUUCAAGCACGUGGGCUCAGGUUCUGAGAGCGCCACUGUAGCAGAGAUGGUGUAUCACGUGGCAAUGACAGACAAAUCAUUCAGGGCAACAGACUUCAACCAAGAUGGAGGGCCUGGAGAUGAUAUCGGAUUUGUCAUAGCAGUGGUUACUGUGUUUAAGGAUGCAGAAUCAGAAGGCUCCUUAGAAAGUCCACAAGACAUCGGUAUCAUGCCUUAUUUGGUUAAAUGGAGCGAGAUAGAUCACAGCGCCUACUGCUUAGCUCUGCUGUUCACUUACCGAGAUUUCUCUGACGGGGCCCUGGGACUAGCCUGGGUAGCGGAGCCCGAAUUUNAACCACUCUUUAUCAGUUGA